AACCGUCUCCCAUUUCCUCUGCCUUGUUUUGUUUUGGUUUUUUUUCUCGCGCGCGGGUUCUCCAUGUUGGAACCAAACUGGGCGAUUUUUAUUUUUCAUCCUUUUAUUUGUAAGGUUCCAGAUAAGUGCCGCUGAAUAUUUCUGCCCUUACAGCCGGAGGAUUUGUGCGAACGGGAAGUUUAUCUCGGGGGGGGGGGAAAGGCGUGUGUGUGUGUGUGUGUGUGUGUGUGUGUGUGUGAGUGUGAGUGAGUAUUUGUAUUGCUUUAUUCCUGUGUGAGUGUGUGUCUGAGUAAUGUGUGUUUAAUGAAAGUGAGAUUGAGAAACUGGAUUUUAUUAGAUGGAAAGUUCUGUCAUCACACAAGUGCAGAGAGAAGAUCUCCAACUGCCUUCCAAAACAGGCCAGGUGAAAAAAUCUUCUCCGAAAAAGCCCCGGAGCAGGAAUAUUUUUAAAGCUCUUUUCUGCUGCCUGCGUGCACAAGAUGCUGCUCAGACGCUGCCAUCUUCCCAUGAUGCCUUGCUCCCCACUGAGGAGAACGGAUCCAUCACCAAGGUGUGUGAGUCGAGUCUGCUUCCGGACGUGACUCCGGAGGACGAGGGGAAGAUCUGUGUGGUUAUAGAUCUGGAUGAGACUCUGGUACACAGCUCCUUUAAGCCGAUCAGUAACGCUGACUUUAUCGUUCCGGUGGAGAUCGAGGGAACCACACACCAGGUGUAUGUCCUCAAGCGGCCGCACGUGGACAAGUUCCUCCAACGAAUGGGAGAGAUGUUCGAGUGUGUGCUGUUCACCGCCAGCCUCGCUAAAUACGCUGACCCGGUUACAGAUUUACUGGAUCAGUGUGGAGUUUUCCGAGCGAGACUUUUCCGUGAGUCCUGUGUUUUCCAUCACGGUUGUUACGUUAAAGAUCUGAGUCGACUCGGCCGGCAGCUCAACAAAACCCUCAUCCUGGAUAAUUCUCCUGUGUCCUACAUCUUCCAUCCUGAAAACGCUGUCCCCGUGCUGUCCUGGUUUGAUGACGUGGAGGACACGGAGCUGCUGAAUUUACUGCCCGUGUUUGAGGAACUGAGUGGUGCCGAUGACGUUUACUCCAAACUGCGUCAGCUACGAGAGCCGUGACCUUCCUCAUCAUGCCUCAGGCUCGAUCGCUAAACCUCACAACCUCGAAACGCCUUUACAACCUCGCACAUGCCUUAAUCUGUCCGAAAGAACAUCACGUACAUCACAGAGUGUGUGUUGGUGUCAUCUCCGUCAUCCUCAUGGUUCAGUGUGAUGUUUAAUGUUUGGGGAAAUGAUCACGUUUCACUCCCGAUAUUAUUUUUGUUUUAUUUUUGUCUGGGGGGGAAAAAAAGGACCAAACACUCCAACAAACAGAACAAACACUCUGAUGUAAAUGAUGAAUCUGAGUGAAUAAAGCACAGGAACAUGCUCUGAGGAACAACAUCCCAUAAUAAUAAUCUUUAGGAAAACAAUUUUCAGUGCUUGGGCCCUAAAUAUUCUUAAUCUUCGUUUUACAUCGUGUCGAGAACACUAACGAGAAAUAAACUGCACGACUUUACUGUAAAUAAAAUUAUACACAAUCCUCAGAACCUCAACGCCACACACACACACACACACACACACAUAUACUCUCAUGUCAGAGUCAGCUCUCAGGUUUAAUCAUCAAAAGAAUUUACUCAAAAUGUAUUCCGAAUUCCAAAUCCAAAAUGGACUUUUUUACUUCUACACACACGCACACACGCACACACACACACACACACACACACA